AUUAAAAUAUUUCAGGCUGUGGACUUGAACAAACCAGUGGAUAAAAAAUUAUACAAAGGGACUAAUCCAACUUGCCACAAUUUUAAUCAAACAACAGCAACAGCUGAUAGUGCUCCAUUAUUGGUGGGAUUUUCUACAGGGCAGAUACAGUUGAUUGAUCCGAUAAAGAAGGAACUCAGCAAAUUAUACAAUGAAGAUAGGCUGAUAGACAAGAGCAAAGUGACAUGCAUAAAGUGGGUUCCUGGCUCGAACAACCUAUUUCUGGUUUCUCACAGUUCUGGUCAACUGUAUCUUUAUAACGAAGAGCUGCUCUGUGGCACCACAGCGCCUCACUAUCAGUCAUUCAAGUCAGGUGAUGGAUACGCCAUAUAUACCUGCAAGACUAAAUCCACGAGAAAUCCGCUGUAUCGAUGGGUGAUAGGCGCGGAAGGUUGUUGUAUAAACGAGUUCGCCUUCAGCCCUUGUGGCACAAAUCUGGCCGUGGUAUCUCAGGAUGGAUUUUUACGCGUUUUUCAAUACAACACCAUGGAGUUGGUUGGUUCGGCAAGGAGCUAUUUUGGUGGCUUUCUGUGCGUGUGUUGGUCACCGGACGGACGUUAUGUGGUGGUCGGCGGCGAGGACGAUUUGGUGACCAUUUGGAGCUUCCACGAGAAACGCGUCGUGGCACGGGGACAAGGCCAUCACAGUUGGGUGAGCGUGGUCGCCUUUGAUCCGUAUACCACGUCCUACGGCGAUCACGAUCCUGACUUUAGCGGCUCGGAUGACGAGACAACGAUGCCACACAGCAAUCACAAUCACUUCCAUGAGAAGUCGCACCGUCUUUCUACGACCUCGCAGGGCGGCGGUGGCGGCCACUCGAACCGUAACUCCUGUGGCUCGGAAUUGAGAAUGUCGGGGGGUACGUGCUACAGAUUGGGCAGUGUAUCCCAAGACACUCAGCUGUGUCUGUGGGACAUCACGGAAGACGUAUUGAGGCAACCUGUGUGCGCCAAGCAGAGAUCCUCUGUAACGGGUGCUACCAGCGGAACCCUGUCGUCUUCGGGUACGUUUAAUAGUGGUAACGGAACGGCAGCGACGGCGAAUCAUCACUCGAACUCGAAUACUAAACAUAAUAACUCGAAUAAUGUAAACUUCAAAGAGAACGCGAGUGGUAAUAACGAAAAUAGUAAUAAUAGUACGAGCACGAACGCCGCAGUGGCGACCGUGAAUUCGUUGACGCAGAGGCUAGCGGGUCUUGGUUUUGGCGAACGUAAAGGUGAUAAUCACAAGAGAAACUUUAGUCUCACUAUGCGAGGUGGAGGCACUGGUGCGGCGGCGGCGGCAACGACGGCCAACAACAGCACGACGACAGUCGUGCAAAACAAUGGUGGCGAUAAGACGAGCACUGGAAACUCGACGAAUACGACGAGUAGUAGUCUGAACAACAGUGUCGGUGGGGGUUUAGUAGGUGGAAUGGGGAAUAAAAAGGUUAGUUCCGUGAUGGACGAUCCCAUGAGGUUGAUAGGGACCGCCUGGUGUCCCAGGUUCGACGAGUGCCCGGUUCUCGAGCCGCUGGUGUGUAAGAAGCUGGCGCACGAGAGGCUGACUGAAUUAGUGUUUAGGGAAGAUUGCUUCGUGACGGCGUGUCAGGACGGAUACGUGUACACGUGGGCAAGACCCGGCCACAUGGUAGGUCCUCUCACGAUAAGCAGCACCCUGCACAGGCCAUCACACCAUCAUAGCAACAACCCUUACACUAGUAAUAUCAAUUCCAUGCGAUGUAACGACCUCUGAUGUAACCCGUUAUCUCCAAAUCGUUAUUUAGCAAAUCCAUCAAGUAGAGUCUGUUAGUCUGAAAAUCCGAAUCCUGUGUACAUACAUAUACAUAGAGUUAGAAUUUAGAAUGAUGUUAUCGUGACGAAAGUGGCACGGGAAAAUCUUGUAAUGCUUUGGGAUAGUCUUCCUAUCGCCUGUCGUGGUGGCGGGAGGAAGUUUUGAAGACGAAUGAUAGUUUUUGCUCGGAAGUAUUAGAACAAAAUACACAUUGACGAAUUCGAUAUUACCUUGCCGGAUGUUUGAUACGACGGUCGCGUCGCUGUUAUUUAAGUUUUAUAUGCUACGAUCAGUAUUUAAUCUUAGAGAGAGAGAGAGAAAGAGAGUCCCUAUUCAGUCUGUUUAAGUCUACAACUGAGAUAUAUACUUGCGUUUGAGUUCUAUUAGUAUUGGGAGGUGCCAUCAAAGAGAAAGCAUUAAGGAUUUUUUAAGUAUUUUUCUUUAAGUUUAUAUUGUGUAUAUAUGUGGAUUACAGAAGUACAUGGACGGACGAUACUAUGAGUGAACAAACUUGUAGCCUAAAAUAUAUUUGUUAUCAUCAGACCCUUGACAAUUUUAGGGCAUCUUUUAGUAUUUUUAGAUAUUUUUUAAUAUUUAUAAAGUUAUAAAUAUAACUUUUGGAUAAUUUUGCUUUUUAUUGAGGAUAUUUUUUCCAUUUGAUCAGAUAAAUUCGCGAUAUUCUCAAAUUAAUUAAUAAAUUUAUUAUACUCGAAAUGCAUGAAAUUAGAUAUUUCAAAUUAAGUAGUAUAGAGCGCGCGUACACAUACUAUGGUAUUUGUUUUUGUUUUUUCUUGAAUAUAUAUAUUAAUAUAGUUUCUAUUAAUAUUGCAUUUUUUGCGAGAAAUACGCUCACGUGCGCACGGACAAGCUUUAAUUAUCUUCUAUUUAUGUAUUAUCAAUUCUAUUCUAAUAUCUUUAGUGCAUGCGUUGCGAACAAAGAACAUUCAUGUGUGCUUAAAGUUCAUUCAUAGUAUAGGCUGUCGUUAAUACCUGUGCCUAAUGAUGGUCUGGUCAAGAUAUAUCCUCGCGAUAAUUAUUGCAGAAUUACGCGAGCUAGGAUAGAUAUCGAAUAUCGAUAUAUUUAUGUUUUUGGUUUGCAUCCUCGAGAGCAAUGUUGUUUGAGCCCUAUGAGGCGUCUUGUGACAGGGCAGGCCCCUUUAUCGAAGAAAGCCUUCUUCCUAUUUCCUGUAAAGUGUUGUUAGCUUAACUUAGCCGAGCAUAAAAAAUCAACGGACAAUUACUUAGUCAAACUGUCGUCUCAGAUUAACGAUAUGAGAUGCGAAAACAUUUAAUCUUUUGUUGGAAACGAUGAAUUUUGCCUUGUUGUAUAAUAAAGCGAAAAUUUGAAUGAACAA